UUACACAAACAUAUGCAUAAUUACCCAUUAAAAAAAAAAACCGUUUAUUAAUUCUUGGAGUUUUGAGGCCUAUAAAUAGAUGACAUGUAUAGAGGAAAGAUCAAACUACCAUAUUUGAAACUUGACUGCCCUCUUAUUUCCUCAUCUCACAAGUGCAAACAUUCCUUUUAUAUUAUAGUUGUGCGAGUUAUAAAAUUAACUAUCUGGUUUUUGAUCAAAUUUCAUUAAUGGAGAGAGCUUCAUCGCUUCUUAAAAUUCAGCCUCCAACUUAUGGAAACUUAAUCACCAUUCUCAGCAUUGAUGGCGGUGGUAUUAGAGGAAUCAUUUCUGCCACUAUCCUCACUUACCUUGAAUCCCAACUUCAGGAGCUCGAUGGUGAGGAUGCAAGACUUGCAGAUUACUUUGACGUGAUUUCGGGAACAAGCACAGGUGGUCUUGUAACGGCCAUGUUAGCUGCUCCAAAUGAAAACAAUCGUCCUCUCUUUGCCGCCAAAGACAUCAAGCCUUUCUAUCUUGAGCACGGUCCCAAGAUUUUCCCACAAAAGAGAGGCAUGUUUAGAUCACUUAGAAACACAUUAAAGUUGUUAGUAGGACCCAAGUAUAAUGGAAAGUAUCUUUACAAGGUUAUAAAGGAGAAACUUGGAGAGACUCGGUUACAUCAAACCUUGGCCCAUGUUGUUAUUCCAACUUUCGAUGUCAAACAAAUGCAACCAACCAUUUUCUCCACUUAUGAGGUCAAAAAAUCUCAUUGUUUGGAUGCUCGAUUGUCUGAUAUAUGCAUCAGCACAUCGGCAGCUCCAACUUAUCUUCCAGCUUAUCAAUUCGAGAACCAAGAUGAGGAAGGGAAUGUUCGGGAAUUCAAUCUAAUUGAUGGUGGUGUAGCUGCAAAUAAUCCGGCUUUGGUUGCAAUAAGCCAAGUGACCAAACAGGUCUUUGAUGAAAAUCCAGAUUUCUUCCCAAUUAAGGCCAUGGACUUUGGUCGCUUUCUAGUGAUUUCAAUAGGCACUGGCUCGGCAAAGGUGGAACAGAAGUACACUUCUAAAAUGGCAGCCAAAUGGGGUGUUUUGGGUUGGUUGCUUCAUGGUGGUUCCACUCCAUUAGUCGAUGUAUUUACUCAAGCAAGCGAUGAUAUGGUUGAUUUUCAUAUUUCCGUGGUUUUCCAAGCUCUUCAUUCUGAAGAUAAUUACCUUCGAAUUCAAGAGGACUCAUUAACUGGGACAGACUCUUCUGUUGAUGUCUCUACAAAGGAGAACAUGGAUAGACUUGUGGAAAUUGGAGAUAAUUUAUUGAAGAAACCUGUUUCUCGGGUGAACUUGGAGACAGGCCUCUCUGAGCCAGUUAAAAACGGUGGCACAAAUGAGGAAGCUUUGAAAAAGUUUGCUAAAAUACUUUCAAAUGAAAGGAGACUCCGAGAGUUGAAAUCACCACACACCAAUAAGGGUUUUGGAAUUUCUCCACAAUUUAAUUGAGGACAACAAAGAAGUGCUUCAAUUAUUGUACUCUAAAGAUUGUAAUGGUUUUUGUUUUUCAUUUUUUUAGAAGGUUGUGAAGAAUUGUAAUUUAAUUUACGACAAUGCUACGUAGCUCAAAUUUUGUGACUCAAAAGUGGCUCAAAUGGCCAAAACGACGUCGUUUUGAGUACAGAACAACAUAAAAAUGGCCAAAACGACAUCGUUUUGGCCAUUUGAGCCACUUUUGAGCCACAAAAUUUGAGUUACGAGACAUUUUCCUUUAAUUUAUUAUGUUGAUUUCUUAAUUAUUUGUCAUAUUUGCUUUAUGUACCUUAAAAAUUUGUUAUUCAUUAAUUAUUUAUGAAUGAGAAUAAUCGCCGA